CGAAGUUUUAUCUCCUUUCUUUGCCACCGACUAUUUAACAUGAAAUGAAUAAGUGGCCAGCAGCUAUCGGAAAAGAAAAAUUAAUUGACGGUCGAUUUUGGUGUGGAUUUCUGCAGGUGUAACCACCUGAGAGGGACCGACGAGACGAUUAAAAAAAUGGGAGAUUCUGUCGGAAUUUUAUAGUGACUAUCAAUUUGAAUAGUGAGUAUUUAGUGAAUCGAUAUUGAAAUUGAGGUAUUAGAAGAAAUUUAAAUACAUUUGGUAAGAAUCAGCCAUUUUUGAACCAAACUCUUAGCAUACCAUCCAGAGAAAAAAAAAUUAAGAAAACGUACUCUAAAAUAAUUAAGUAAAACGAAAUUGCUGUUUUUUAAAAGCUGCGGAAAAGAUUCACUUUAUCUUGCAAAAUGGCAGCGAAGAAAUUGUACAGCUUUCUAAAGCACUCAGGUCUUAUAAGGCUUCAGCACUUCUGAUCUUUAAUAUCAUCAGGCGAAGAACAGGCGCGGCUCUCAUCCGUGUAAGAAAGAUAAUAGCCUCCCGCUGAAUAGCGGUUUCAGCGAAUCCCGCCCAUCCGACGACGAGGACGAACUGUAGAAGAAUUGGAAACUGCUUGUUUUUCGUUUCUUCCACAAAAGCGGCAUCGAACUAGUGAAACUAACAAUUUUGUUUUGUGAAAGUCAACACCUGUUUGAUCCCAAUCGUCUCGACACGACAAGCGGAUUUUUUUCGGAGGAUUAACACAUCUUCGGAGAAAAUGUGGAUCCUUCUGUGCUGUACCUCCCUUUUGGUGUCGGUGGUGUCGGCUGCCGAAUGCGAGUGGCCGGCCGGCCUGGGAGACUCUCUGAGAUACCGUUGCACCUGCUUCACGGGAAACGAUGAGCAGAGAAGGACUGUCACCUGUGGAAGUGGCGUGGAUGUGGCCGUUCUAGUAGAGGCAUUGAGGACUGGCCCACCCCUAGAUCUCUUGCAAAUCUCGAACUCCUCUGUGAACCAUCUCCAGGACAUGCUGUUUGAAGGACUAAACAUCAGAGCCCUGCGACUUAGUGGACUAGGGAUUGAAUCUAUCGGAGACAAAGCCUUCCUAAGUCUAGAGAGGUCCCUCGCCAACCUCGACCUGCAAGGUAACAGGCUUGAACAGGUGCCGACCGCAGCACUGAAGGGUCUACUAGGACUCAGAGAGCUAGACCUGUCUAAUAACGGGAUCACGGACAUUAGAGAGAACGCCUUCGAUGGUUUGACCCUCACUACCCUCAAGCUGAAUGGCAAUCCGUUAAGGAUCACAGACUCUUCGUUCGCUGGUCUUGAAGCAACCCUCCGCAACUUACACAUCAAAUCGGCCGACCUGGAGGUGCUACCACCUGUGAAGCAAAUGGGAUCUCUGUCUUUCUUAGACCUGAGCCAAAACCGUAUUUCGGACUUGGGACGAGGAGCCUUCACUAAUCUCAGGCAGCUGGGCGCCCUGUACCUCGAGAGAAACUCCAUCCAGGAACUCGAGCCUGGAGCUUUCGAGGGUCUCAACGCAUCGCUCAGCUCGUUGUCUCUACUCAACAACCGCAUCGAAGAGUUCCCGACGGGUGCCAUGAAGACGCUCGCUCACCUCAGGGUUCUUGACUUGGGUUUCAACCGUAUCCACAGUGUUCCGAAAGAUGCAUUUUCUGGCAAUUCUUUGCUCAGUCUUCUGGCCCUGGAUGGCAACCCGCUAGCUACCCUCUCCGAAGAAACCUUCUCGCACCUCAACACCACCCUGCGAGCCCUCAGCAUAGGAGGCAGCACUUUGGUGUGCGACUGUCGUCUGCGCUGGGUGGUGGAGUGGGUACGAGGUCACGAUUUACAGGUGACGAGUCGAGAAAGAAACCCACAGUUCUGUGGACGACCAGCUCGUCUGAAGAGGAGAACUCUGCCCCAGAUGAACCCCAACGAGCUCAGAUGCGACGACUCUCCCCCCACAAGUUCCACCAGCCCUUCGCUGAAACGAGUAGAGGCCUCGCUCAGCCCCACUCCCACGCGGAUUCCAUCCGCCGGGACCGGGAGGGACCUGCGUGCUCCGAGGACCUCCAACUUCGACAACCUGCGCAUCAAAGACGUGGUGAGGCGGGGCACGGAGGUCACCAUCCACUGGGAGGGCGGCCUCCCUAAGGAGGACAACCUGGUGAGGGCCCGUGUUCCCGACACUGCUCCCGUGCACGCCAUGUUCCGUAUUUUCGGAGAACCACACUUUCAGCUAGGCAGUAGGGUCAAUCCGGCUGCCGGAUGGACGCAGUUUCUGGUGCCGGAGGGGCGACCAGUGGUCGUGUGCGUUGUCGACAGUGCUCAGGCAGCAACGCUCUCUGCGAGCUCAGUGCCUAGGAAUCAGUGCAGCGAAGUCACAGCUGAAAAGGUUUCGGAUUCCCAGCUGAACAAAAUGAUCAUCGGAUCUUCCGCAGCUGUAUGUGGCAUGAUCAUCUUGGCUGUCGUCAUCUUCGUCUGCUGCUCUCGUCGUUCGUCGGAUAAGCUGCGGCAGCCGGCUCGCCCCGUCAUCAAAUCCUCAGAACAUGAAUGGGACACCGCAUCUUUCUACAGUGGGCGGAGUAUUCCUCGGGCAAGGGCCUACCAUGGGGGUGGAUCUAUCAAUCCCUCUUACCUACCACCAGACGAUGUCCAAUCCUUUCGUUCCUUACCACCUGCCUCUCGAGGACCCCGUGGAAUGAUGCCCAGGGGUGGUGACCCAGCCUUGCACCGUUCCCAGAUAGCUCUGUCUCAGCUAUCCGGACCUAAUUCCUUUUUGGGUGCCUUCGGAGCAGAGCAUCAAUCAGCCGGAGGAUGGGGACACCAGUGGGAUCACGUUGAUGCCUACUCGGAGAGACAUGCCCCCUCGAGACUCUCUUAUGGGAAGGAUUUCGGUUAAGGUUCAUUGAGUGAUCAUCAUUCUUGCUGAAAUUGUUCAACGUCUUAUUGUGUUGUACCAUGAACUGAAGCCCUGUCUUCAUAGAACAAUCUCCAAAGGAGAUUUUUGUCAAUUCUGACGUCAUUAUUUCAUUGUAACAGCUCUUCAUUUGUCCAAUGUUCUACUCGAUCUCAUUACGUUUGUACCAUCCUAAACAGCCGCCGAAAAUUGUGGAAAGUGGGUGUUUUCCUCAAACUAAUAUUAAGUGGAGGUACAUACAACAUUGACACUUAGGGCGUUUUGGAAUUGUUGAAAAAAUAAUAAUAAAGAAAUAAUAGCGUUGCGCAUAAUUAAAUCGUUUGUUAUGCACUUUUUUACCUUCUCUGGAGAUGGAUCAAAAUAUUAAUACUUUAAAAGUAGAACACAUUACAUGGGAAGUGGGAAUUCACUCUACAGAAUUUAGUUAAGAAAUGUAGUGUGAAUUUUUCAAUAAAGUGUGAUGGGUAAAUGAGAUCAGAAAUUAAAGUUGGUAAACAUUGGUAUUUAUUCUAACCAAGGAGAGUCAUUCUCUCAGUAACGCAGACGCGUUGCCGUGGAAACAAGUCGGAAGUUAUCACCGCAAUUUUGGCUAAUAUAGGAACAACCGCACUUUCCUCAAUUUAGAUGGCUUUUCAACGGCUGGAAAGGACCAUGUGCAGUGAGAUUGAACUCGGCCGUGAUUGAUCAAAACGAGAUAAAAUGACGUCAAUACUUAUGUAUCCAUGGUAUGAAACGAUAUCAGAAACAGGUGUUAAGUGGAACUAAUUGUGUGACGAGCUUCCUGAAACUGAGUACGCUUCGUAAAAUUGACGAGUUCACUACUCGAGUCUACUUGUCUUUCACAGGAAACUAAUACAAAAUUCUCGAUUACCUGAUUUUUGUGUUCAUGACAGGGACAGUGCCAUUCUAUUGAUGAAUGGACAGUUUUCUCAAACGUUUCUAAACUCUCUUCAAGCUUUUUCUCAUCAUUUUGACCAAAUUACAGUUCGAGGAAGAUUUUCUCUUUCGUAGAUUUAGAUUUCUGUACCACAUUUGUAAAUAGAUAUUGAAGACUGACUCAUGCAAAGGACGAAGAAAAAUACGUAAUGACAUGAUUAUCACUUAAUUGUACUAAUGAUUUAUGACUAAGACAUGCACAGCACAAUGUGCAAGUCUCCUUGUGGGGAUUUAAAUAAAAGA